AAAUACAAAGAUGUGGAGCCAACUCUGAAGAUCAAAGAAGUGGAUGGCUUGGAGCUGGUGAAGAAAUUCUCGGAGCAGAUGGAAAGCAUGCUCCACAGGAAGGUUGAAGCUGUUGAGAGGUUGGUGGAGGCAGCAGAAGAUGCAGAUCUGAACCAUGAGUACAACUCCUCACUGGAGUUUGAUUACUACAACUCUUUCCUGAUUAAUGACAAGGAUGAAAAUGACAAUUAUGUGGAGCUCGGAGAUGAAUUCGUUUUGGAGCCAAAUGAGCAUUUCAAUAACCUGCUGGUGAACACAACAUACAGUGAUAUCCAGCUCCCCACCAAUGUCUACAACAAAGACCCUGACAUCCUGAAUGGCGUUUACAUGUCAGAAGCCUUGAACCCUAUUUUUGUGGACAACUUUGAAAGGGAUCCCACGCUGACCUGGCAGUACUUCGGCAGCUCCACUGGGUUCUUCAGGCUCUACCCAGGAAUAAAGUGGUUACCAGAUGAGAACGGAGUCAUCUCCUUCGACUGCAGGAAUCGUGGCUGGUACAUCCAAGCAGCCACCUCUCCAAAGGACAUUGUCAUCAUUGUGGAUGUCAGUGGGAGCAUGAAGGGCCUGCGAAUGACCAUUGCCAAACACACCAUCAUCACCAUUUUAGAUACUCUGGGGGAAAAUGACUUUGUCAACAUCAUUGCAUACAAUGAUUAUGUUCAUUUUAUUGAACCCUGCUUUAAGGGUAUCCUGGUCCAAGCAGAUAGAGAUAACAGAGAGCACUUCAAGCAGCUGGUGGAUGAACUGCAGGCGAAAGGAGUGGGGACUGUGAACAAGGCUUUGACAGAGUCCUUCAAAAUCCUGAGGGAGUUCAGAAACGCCGGUCAAGGAGGCUUGUGUAACCAAGCUAUCAUGCUGAUCACAGAUGGAGCAGUGGAGGAUUAUGAAGCUGUGUUUGAAAAAUACAACUGGCCAGAUCGGAAGGUCCGGGUUUUCACUUACCUCAUUGGACGGGAGGUCACUUUUGCCCCCAAAGUGAAAUGGAUUGCCUGCAACAACAAAGGCUACUACACCCAGAUCUCCACGCUGGCGGAUGUCCAGGAGAACGUGAUGGAGUACCUGCAUGUGCUCAGCCGUCCCAUGGUCAUCAACCACGAUCAUGAUAUUAUUUGGACUGAAGCCUACAUGGACAGUGCGCUGCCACAGUCUGAGGAGCUCUUUGCAUCUCAGGCUCAAAGUCUGUUGCUCAUGACAACAGUGGCUAUGCCAGUCUUCAGCAAAAAGAACGAGACGCGCUCUCAUGGCAUUCUCCUGGGUGUGGUGGGCUCUGAUGUACCACUGAGGGAGUUGCUAAAACUUGCUCCACGGUAUAAGCUCGGUGUCCAUGGAUACGCCUUUCUGAACACCAACAACGGUUACAUCCUUUCACACCCAGACCUCCGUCCUUUGUACAAAGAAGGAAAGAAACUGAAACCUAAGCCAAACUACAACAGCGUAGAUCUCUCAGAAGUGGAAUGGGAAGACCAAGAUGAAAUACUGAGAACUGCCAUGAUCAAUGGGGAAACGGGCUACCUCUCUAUGGAUGUGAAGGUCCCUGUGGAUAAAGGGAAACGAGUUCUCUUUCUCACCAAUGAUUAUUUCUUCACGGACAUCAGUGGCACACCUUUCAGCCUGGGUGUUGUGCUGUCCAGGGGACACGGGGAGUACAUUCUGCUGGGGAACACGUCAGUGGAAGAAGGUUUGCACGACCUGCUCCAGCCAGACUUGUCUUUAGCAAAUGAAUGGAUUUACUGCAUCACCGACAUUGAUCCGGACCACCGGAAGCUCAGCCAGCUGGAGGCUGUGAUCCGUUUCCUCACCGGAGAGGAACCUGACCUGGAAUGUGAUGAGGAGUUGGUCCAGGAGGUGCUGUUUGAUGCAGUUGUCACUGCACCCAUGGAGGCCUACUGGACAACACUAGCCCUCAAUAUGUCCAUGGAGACUGAGGCAGGUGUUGAGAUGGCAUUUAUGGGCACUCGGGCUGGACUCAUGAGGAGUGCCCUAUAUGUGGGCUCUGAGAAAAUUUCCAACAGGUAA